UUUCCAUCAAACCACCCUUUUCAGGAUUUGCAGAGGGGCUAACUUCUCCAAAUGUUACUGCUACGGGAUCAGAGGCAGACUUAGAGAUCUGAUCGAGACGUUCCUACUUCGAAACGUUGUUUUAUAAGCUAUUAGGACGAAUGAAGACUGAAGGAUCUAUACGGAUUUGGGCACAUAAUGUUGGGAUGGAGUUGCAAGACUUUGGCUCAAGGAAAGACUAGAAUAUAUUAUCCAAACUUUUACCCUUUGGAUGCGCUAGUAUUCUAUCUUGGAUUAUUGUCGCUUUUGCUGAACUCGCACUGUUUCUCUCUUGCUUUGCUCUGUGCUUUGUUUUCUUGUUUGGACUAUGGCCUCGGAUCCCAGAGUCCCAGGGGCCGGUGUUUUUGGAGAUUUACCCCCAAAUUAUAUGCGUUCUCCGCCGCCAGUAAACUCAGAUCUUCUCCGGAGACCCAGCUACUGCCACGCUGCUUUCGCAUUAAAACAGAUUUCUAAGGGGAAGGCUGUGGGUCAGAAGGCCCCGUUGUGGGUUCGGGCGAGGUUCCAGGCUCUUCUGUUUUCUUUGGGCUGUCACAUCCAGCGACAUUGUGGAAAAGUCCUUUUCAUUGGACUGCUUGUGUUCGGUGCCUUGUCUGUGGGUUUGCGGGUUGCUGCCAUUGAGACGGACAUUGAGCAACUAUGGGUUGAAGCCGGUAGCCGAGUGAGUCGGGAGCUGCGCUACACCAAGGAGAAACAGGGAGAGGAGUCUGUGUUCACAUCACAGAUGCUCAUACAAACCCCUAAACAGGAAGGGACCAACAUUCUGACCCAGGGUGCUUUGCUGCUUCACCUGGAGGCAGCGCUCUCGGCCAGCAAGGUCCAGGUGUCUCUGUUUGGAAAAUCAUGGGAUCUCAAUAAAAUCUGCUACAAAUCUGGUGUCCCUAUCAUAGAGAAUGUCAUGAUUGAAAGGAUGAUUGACAAGCUGUUCCCCUGUAUGAUUGUUACCCCACUGGACUGUUUCUGGGAAGGUGCAAAGCUACAGGGGGGGUCAGCAUACUUACCGGGGAUGCCUGACAUCCAGUGGAUGAACCUGGACCCUCUGAAGCUGAUGGAGGAGCUCAGCCAGUUCACAAGUCUGGAGGGCUUCAGGGAAAUGCUGGACAAGGCCCAGGUGGGUCACGCUUACAUGAACCGCCCCUGCCUGGACCCCAACGACCCCGAGUGCCCCCUCAGCGCCCCCAACAAGGACCUGAGAGAGAGUCCUGACAUUGCCGGGCGGCUCCAAGGCGGUUGCCACGGCUUCUCCAAAAAGUUCAUGCACUGGCAGGAGGAGCUUAUCCUGGGCGGCCGGGUCAAGGACACCCAGAAUGCUUUGCAGAGUGCGGAGGCCCUCCAGACCAUGUUUCUCCUGAUGAGCCCCAAGCAGCUCUACGAGCACUUUAAGGACGACUAUGAGAUCCAUGACAUCAACUGGAACGAGGACAAGGCCACCGCCAUCCUGGAGUCCUGGCAAAGGAAGUUUGUAGAGGUGGCUCAUGGCAGUAUCCCCCAGAACUCCACUUCAGAGAUCCACGCCUUCUCCACCACCACCCUCAACGACAUCAUGAAGUCCUUCUCUGAUGUCAGUGUCAUCCGGGUGGCUGGAGGCUACCUGCUCAUGCUGGCCUACGCCUGUGUGACCAUGCUCCGUUGGGACUGUGCCAAGUCCCAGGGGGCCGUGGGGCUGGCUGGUGUGCUCCUGGUGGCUCUGUCUGUGGCAGCUGGCCUGGGGCUGUGCUCUCUGCUGGGCCUGUCCUUUAACGCUGCCACCACACAGGUUCUCCCCUUCCUGGCUCUGGGGAUCGGUGUGGAUGACAUGUUCCUUCUGGCCCAUUCCUUCACUGAGACUGGCAUCAACAUCCCCUUUAAGGAGAGGACGGGGGACUGCCUGAGGAGGACUGGCACCAGCGUGGCGCUCACCUCCAUCAACAACAUGAUCGCCUUCUUCAUGGCAGCCCUGGUCCCCAUCCCAGCACUGCGCGCCUUCUCUCUGCAGGCGGCCAUUAUUGUGGUGUUCAACUUUGCCAUGGUGCUCCUCAUCUUCCCGGCCAUUCUGAGUUUGGACCUGCACCGUCGGGAGGACAAGCGUCUGGACAUCCUGUGUUGUUUCUACAGCCCCUGCUCCUCCCGGGUCAUCCAGAUCCAACCCCAGGAGUUCUCCGAUGCCAACGACAACACCACAACCACCACCCACAGCCACGUGCCUGGCGCCCAGACUACAACGACCUACACAGGCUCCACCAUCAUUACCAGCACCCAGAUCACCACCACCGUCCAGGCCUUCACCCAGUGUGAUGCGGCAGGCCAGCACAUAGUCACCAUCCUGCCCCCCACCUCCCAGAUCUCCACCAGCCCUCCCUCUGUGUUGGUGGCCUCCUCCCCCGUUCCCCCCUCCCCCACCGACUCCUACGGCUCCCAGCUCUUCACCCCCUCCAGCUCCACGCGGGACCUCCUGGCCCAGAUGGACGAGUCCAAGGAGGCCAGGGAGUGUGUUCCUCUCCCCUUCUUCCGCUGGAACCUGUCAAGCUUCGCCCGGGAGAAGUACGCUCCUCUCCUCCUAAAGCCAGAGAGCAAGGUGGUGGUCGUGGUCCUCUUUGUGGCUCUGCUGGGGCUCAGCCUGUACGGAACCACCAUGGUCCAUGACGGACUCUACCUGACCGACAUUGUGCCCCGCGACACCAAGGAGUACGACUUCAUCAAUGCCCAGUUCAAGUACUUCUCUUUCUACAACAUGUACCUGGUGACCAUGGACGGCUUUGACUACGCCCGCUCCCAGCGUCUCCUCAUCCAGCUGCACAACUCUUUCACCUCGGUCAAGUAUGUGGUGAAGGACAGCGACCAGCAGCUGCCCCGGAUGUGGCUGCACUAUUUCCAAGACUGGCUCAGAGGACUGCAGGCUGCCUUUGAUACAGACUGGGAGGCAGGCAGAAUCACCUGGGAUAACUACCAUAACGGCACCGAGGAUGGUGUUCUGGCCUACAAGCUGCUCAUCCAGACCGGCUCCAAGAAGGACCCCUUCAACUACAACCAGCUGACUUCUCGUCGUCUGAUGAAUGAGGAGGGUCUGAUUCACCCAGAGGUCUUCUAUAUCUACCUGACUGUGUGGGUGAGCAAUGACCCUCUGGGCUAUGCUGCCUCUCAGGGUAACUUCUACCCUCAGCCUCGUGAGUGGAUCCACGACAAGUAUGACACCACCGGAGAGAAUCUGCGCAUCCCUGCCGCGGAGCCCCUGGAGUUUGCUCAGUUCCCUUUCUAUCUGAACGGCCUGAGGCAGGCGUCCGACUUCAUCGAGAGCAUCGAGAGCGUGCGGGCCAUCUGCGAGGAAUUCACCCGUAAAGGUGUUCUCAACUACCCCAAUGGUUACCCAUUCCUGUUCUGGGAGCAGUACAUCGGCUUGCGACACUGGUUCCUCCUGGCUGUCAGCGUGGUGCUAGCCUGCACAUUCCUGGUCUGUGCCAUCCUCCUGCUCAACCCCUGGACCGCUGGCAUCAUUGUCUUCAUCCUGGCCAUGAUGACGGUGGAGCUGUUUGGUAUCAUGGGCCUGAUCGGCAUCAAGCUCAGUGCCAUCCCAGUGGUCAUCCUCAUCGCCUCUGUGGGCAUCGGCGUCGAGUUCACUGUCCAUAUCGCACUGGCCUUUCUGACGGCCAUAGGCAAUAGGAACAGGCGUUCUGCGGUGGCCCUGGAGCACAUGUUUGCCCCUGUGAUUGACGGGGCCAUCUCUACUCUGUUAGGGGUCCUCAUGCUGGCUGGAUCCGAGUUUGACUUCAUUCUGAGGUACUUCUUUGCGGUGCUGGCUAUUCUGACCGUGCUGGGGAUCCUGAAUGGACUGGUGCUGCUGCCCGUGCUGCUCUCCCUCAUGGGCCCACCCCCGGAGGUCACUCCGGCCGACAACGGCAGCCGCCUGCCCACCCCAUCGCCGGAGCCCCUCCCCCCUCCCAUGACCCACCAUGGCUACUACGGAGGACACGGUCCACAGGGCCCACGACAACAGGCCUUCUCAGAGUCGUCGGACUCUGAGUACUACUCGGAAACGACUACCACAUCAGGAAUUGGGGAGGAGUAUAAGUACUGUGACCGCAGUCCUUACAUCACCUCUCCUACCUCUCAUAUACUACUGGAGGACAGCAAGAACCCCAGCUUCCCCAAACUCACGGUGGUGAAACCGUUCAAAGAGGGCCCGACCGUAACCGCUCAGAAAGAUCUCUUAAAUGAGUCUUCUCUGAAUGCGGUGACUUCGGUCAGCUCUCAACUCACGCAGUGGGAUAACAAACAUGAUUACAAAUCUGACCAGGGACCCAGGAGGCAACAUUUACCCAGUGACAGGACCCAGGGUCCUGAGAGGACUAAUCACUGUGGUCCCAGGUCUCAGACCAACAGAGGGCCUCAUCAGAACAGGACUAAGAUGCCGGUCUAUAAUGGCGGUACCGUGCCCAGUAGUGCUGUUACUACUAUGGUUACGGCCACAGCCUCUGUGACUGUGGCUGUGCACCCCAGCUUGCCGGGGGCCUACCAUGGGUACAUGCACGAGGGCUACGUGGACAGUGAAUCAGACUGUUUUGAGGACACUAAGAGGACUUCACAAUCUUGUGGGAAAGCUACCCAAUCAUCCAAGCGUGAAUCCUUGGAGGUUGAAGACCUGGAAUCUGUGCAGAACCAGCAUCAGGUGAACCAGGCACAAGUUGGCCCACGGAUCCAGGCAGCCAAAGAUUACUAGACACCCUGCUACCCCACCCUGCCCCCUAUGUCUGGAAUCCAUCUCUGGCUGGCUGCCUCUCACUUGGGAGCUCCCGAUACCCAGCCCUUUCACUUUCAACUGUACAUAGACACAGACAAGGAUUUAUUUUUAAAGAUAUUAAAAAAAGGUCGUUUUAAGAAUAUAUAAAUUUAUGAAUAUAUAUUUUAAUACUAAAUAGAGGGAAACAACUAUUUAAAAGAGUACUGUAUAACUUGGAUAUUCUCUUGUGUAAAACGUGGAUGUAUAGCAUGAUUUGGGGGGGUUUUCCUCCCUCUGUAUAGAUAAAGAAGAUGUGCUAUAUGUAAAAAAAAAAGUUCAGAAAAGUGAGACGUUAAGAUAUUAGGUUAUUGUGUUUGUUUUGUUGCUGCUACACUUCAAAAAAUUGAAAUGAUUUGCAGUACCCCCCUCCCCCGAUCUAAGUUGAGAAAUCAUUUAUAGAUGUUCUUACGCUGAGGGUGGAGGGCGUCUUAUUGAUUAAGCUCUGCAACACAUGAUGAUCUAUUCUGAUUCUCCAUCGCUGGUUAUGAUUGCACUGUACAAAUACAAACAAGCUCAGCAAAUCCUCUUUUCUUUCUAACAAUAACCAUUGUGCCUUCACAACACCUUCCCUCUUGAAAUGCAGAAGCGCAGUAUAUAUAUUCAAAGUGAGACAUAAAUAUGAUAUAUGUGGUGUUUGUUUGAGAGCAUCAAUUUCACCGUUUUUAUUUUGCGUUUAGAAUCCCCAGAUAUGGACUUCAUUUACUAAUGUGACAUGAUGUACAUGUCCAGAACAAUGCCUGUGUUCAGACAGCACAUUCAUAUAUUACCAUGUAUUUGUCCAUUUCAAUUAACCUGUAGCUCUGUAAGUCUGUGUGCAGUCAGCAACUUGACUUGUGUCACUUUGGGUUGACGUUUCUUGUGCGUCAUUCAUUGUGUCCCAGCUCACUGGCAUGUUGCAUUAUGUUCAUUGUCAAGUUGAUAUUUUGCAGUCGACAUGUUUUAUUACUUGAAGGAGCUGUUAAGGGUUUUAUUUCUUUCCUGAGUUUAUCUAAGCUGUACAUUGGGUAAGGUCAACUUUGUCACCCCCCCUUGUCCUCCAACUUAACUGGGGUCUAGGGGGUAAUGUUUGACAAAUGCUGGUUGUUUCCCCAAACUUAUUCUGAAAGGGAAUUUAAAUCAAAUGCAAAAGGGAAAAAUAUAUAUAUUCUACAUUUUUUGGGCUGCUUUAGGGUUGUGGUAGACAUUAUUUCAACCUUGUGCAAUUGUUGACUAGGUAGUGCAUUUUGAACAGGAUAAGUACUCCAAGACCCACUUCCUGUGUCAUGGAGGAAGUCGGUGCAGUCACAUGCUCUUCCCCUGUCUCUCUCUCUCUCUCGUUUGUGUAGGCCUCAUGCAAGCCAGCAUUCCAGUGAUUUUGUUGUUAUUUCAUUUUUACCUUUGUGUUAUGAUCAAAGUUGGUCGUUCAUUUGGUCACAUCACUGCCAAUUUAAAUGCAGGGAAAUGUAAUAGAUUUAAGUGUCAGCUUGGGUUUCUUUUGUACAUAGAGUUAUGAAAGAAAAAUAAAGUAGCUACUGUGCGUUCUGGAAGUAAACAACAACAAUUAUAUGUUUCAAGUACAACCGACAUUCAUUCACUGCUUCAAUACAGAAAUACAUGAGGUUGUAAGUUAUAGGAGUGCUAGGGUAGGGGUUGGGGGUUCUGCAUAGAGUUGUAGUUUUAUUUCAAAUGUAUGACAUGCCAUAUAAAUUAUUUAUAUACAAAUUUUAUUUUUGUAGUUUGUACAGAUGUUAGUCACUAGACUGAAGUUCUAUUUUUAAAGAGUAAAUAUAUAUUAUAUAUAAUUAUAUCUAUUGUUGCAGAGUUGUUUUUGUUUGUUUGCUUUUAUUUUUGGGAGGGGGGGUGGGGUUGUCCACAAUGAGUAGAGGGGGUUUCAGACAGACCCUAUGUUUUGUUUUUGUUUUUUGGAGAGAAGGGUUCACUUGAAAAUGAAGGAGAGGUGUGGCAGACACUGUCCACCAUAUUUAGUUUCCUCACCUUUCCUUCUUCAUGUAAUGAAUUGAAGUGUUAUUACUCUUUUUGUCGAUGUCUAAAACACUGUGACUUUCCGAAAACUAUGCUCAAGAAAACCCUUGUGUGACCAUUAUUUUCCCUCACCUGCUAUAGGAAUUGAACUAACAAAAUAAAUUCAAAUGAAAAAAAUAAAAUAA